ACGAGAGACGGCAUAGGACGGCGUGGAUAAACAAAUACAUCACCGUGGGACCGCCCACAUGACUGCACGUUCGUGGCUACAGACGGGCGGGGUAGUACGUCUCAGUACACUCACAAGAAGUUUUCAACGGUAGGCAUUCAAUACCCACUAUUUCCUGUGGUGCGGUCCACUUAACCACUGUUUCUGCCUCAUUUUUGGGCUAAUAGCCUAAAAUGAGAUGGAAAAAUGUAUGGACGGCGUGGAUAAAACACAGAAAUCAUGGUGGGGCGCACAGAGCCUUUCCACCACCGACUUGGGUGGUGGAGGGAUACUACCCAGUCUGAGUCUCCUUUUCUCUCUCCCCGAAUCCAUGGAAUGAAAAUUACAGAGCCGCAUCUCUUCGAUCCAAGCCAUACAGGAGCAUGAAGAGCAUCACUUCUCUCCUGAGAGCAGAGGAAGAAGAAGAACAACAAGACCCCUUCUUGGACGAAUCCAACUGCUACUGUCCUCUGUCCCCAUUGCAGAGAUUGUAUGGAUUUGGGGGGUGUUUGGUCGCUGCUUUUCUUUGUAUGCUACUGGACAAGCAAAACGUUAGGGAUAUAGAAAUUACUUUUUCCAACAUUAAUCCGAGCAUUCCCAACAUGAGAGAUAGCCAACUGAAUACCAUCAACAAUUUCAACACUAUCAUUCCCAGAAUAAGGAGGAAGUCAUUGGUUGCUUUUGCCCGACCUGUGAAAUUUGCUAUAAUAUUCAGCUUUGGAAACCUAUUGGCGAUUGGAAGCACAGCCUUUGUUAUCGGGCUAGCACGGCAAGUAAGAAUGAUGUUUGAUCCUGUCCGAAUUUAUGCAACGUCCAUUUACAUCGGGAGUGUCGUUCUUGCUCUUGUUUGCGCUCUAUGUUUUCAUAACAAGAUCUUAACGAUACUUGCAAUUAUAAUUGAGAUCUGUGCCCUUAUUUGGUACAGUUUAAGUUACAUUCCUUUUGCUCGCAGAAUGGUUUCCCAACUGAUUGUAAGUUGUGGCGACACAGAGAUAUAAAAUGGCACUGGUCCAUGAAUGUGGGUUUUUUUUUUUUUUUUUUUUUUGAGUUUUAUUUCUUGUUGUUGAAGCUUUGGACCUGUAUGGAAUUCUCAAGUUCUUUUAGUAUAACUGUCAUUCUUCUUCCUUUCCUUUUUUUUGGUACGAGCUGAGGGUGUUAUUGUGGUUGAGUUCGGCCUUUUGUUCUUCAACAAAGCUGGUGUCAGAGAGUUCCUUAAAGUGGUGAUUUUGAAGGCCACUGUAUUUUAUGGUAUUGAAUUGCAAUUUUUCCAAAUCUUAUUCCAUAAAGUGGUGAUUUUUAUUUUUUUA